AUGAAAGACAGUAAUAAUUCCUCAAGUAAACUUGCAUUGUCAGGAUGUAUUCAAUCCAUUCCAUUGAUUAUCGAAGAUAAGGAAACAAAGAAGAUCAUUAAAAAAUCGUCUCUCUAUUUGCAUAGUUCACGAAAUGGUUCCGAAUUCGAAAAUGCUAGCUUUUCAAAUAUAUCACUCACAGCUAUGAACCAGGAAGGAAGCUUCCAUAUUGACAUAACCAAGGAAAAUUGUUCGAAGUUUAGAAGGAAGGGGCAUUUCACUGUUGCAGAAUGGGAAUCGAUAAUACAACAUUUAUUUCCAAUCGAUGACUAUAACGAACCAUCCAUUGCAGAUGACCUAGUUGUUUCUGCAAAAUUUAUAUCACUAGAACAGUAUUAUGAUCCAGAUACUAAUGAAUUAUUAGAUUAUGACGAAUUGCCCCUAGUUUCUGAAUUCAUUACGAUUGAUAUUAAAACGAAUGCAAAAUUGCUGAUAACCGUAGGUUCAAUUGACCUCCCAUAUACAGAUACAGAAAAUGACCUGGAAACAAGCAGUGUGAUACGAUCGGAGCAGAACUUAUUCAAUUGGCUAGAUGUCUUACUCCUGAACAACCAAACAUUAAACGAUGAAUUACAUGCGUCACGGCAAUCGAAUUUGCUGUUAAAGGAAGAAAACGAACGCUACAAAAAUGAAUUAGAAAUGAGUGCUAUUCAACAUAAGAAUAUUAUAGAAGAUUUUCUGGACAAAUUUUAUCAAGUAUUGAAUGCAAAGAAAGAUAGAAUUUGGGAGUUGGAAGAUAAAAAUUUAACCCAAUUGGAAGGCUUGAACGAAAAGUACAUCAGACAGAAUAAAUUUAAUCUAAAAAAUUAUACCAUUGACAAAGACAAAAUCCCAGAUGAGCUAGAUGAGGUUUACACUAGUCCUACUAAACGGAAGAGAACAGCCGAUGGUUCAAAAAAGACGCUGCAAAAACGUCGUAAAAGUAGUAUCAAAGAAAAUGAUGCAAAGGACAUAUCAGACAAUGAAAACACCGAAGAAAAGCAAACACAUCGCAUAACGAGAUCGCAAGAUAAAUCAAAUCAUGUUGCCCAUGUUACAAGGGGCCUAUCAGAUAGAGAAAUUGUCACCAGCGUACUAAGUCGUGAUCACGAAACGCCGACAACUGACGUAGAUCAACUGCAUCUGCUGCACCUGUCAAAUGAUGGAAGCUCCGAAUCUCGUAACAUCACAGACUACAGUGACGACGACGACGCUGACGAAUAUGGCGACAAAGUAAAUACCACUAACGACAUUACUACAGAGGAGGCAAAGAAUCUUUCACUGCAAUCUACCCUUCGACAAUCCAAUGACACAGUAAAGUCACCAUCCGAUUCGGCAAAGCAAAAUUCAACCACCGAUUAUGAUUCCGAUUCAGACACCAGUCAAAAAGAAUCACAUCAAAUGCUGAACUCAAAUACCGACGAGAUAGCAGAUAGUCUACAGUAA